AUGACUGAACUCGCGCGUACUCUGCCAGCAUCCUGGUACUGCAAUGAGCCGCUCUAUCAGAUGGAGCGACGGGCAGUCUUUUUGAAAUCUUGGUACCUUCUGGGCCCAGUGACCAGGUUUCAGGUCGUGGGCGAACACGUCAACUAUGAAAUAGGGCAGCAGCCCAUCUCUGCCGUUCGCACUGGGGGCAAUGCUCUGAAUCCUGAGCCCGAGGAACUGAACGUGGUCUGUAGGAAGACAGGCAAAGAGUUACGCAGCCAUGUCACUCCAACCGGCCUGCUCUUCUCGACCAUCUCCAACGACGCCCCCAGUUUCCAUGAAUUCUUCCCAGAGCUCGAGGAGCUGUUGGCCAGGGUUGAUUUUACCCAACUACCAUACCGACGCAGCAUUCAGUACGAAGGCCGAUUCAACUGGAAGACCAUGGUGGAUGGAUAUCAAGAGUGUCUGCACUGCCAGUACACUCACCCAUCCUUCUCGAUUUAUUAUCCGCCAACCUUCUACACCGUGCGCAACAAGCACAACUUCUCCCAGCAUAUUGCCGACCCCAAGAAGCCCGACGACGGCCUGUUUUUAUACUUCUUCCCCAAUUGUACCCUGAAUGUCUAUGGCGGCGGCAUGUCUUCUUUCCGUGUAUGUCCCACCGCCGACCCGCAUGUCACGCGCAUGGAAUUCGACUACUACCACCUGGCGUCUGGCGACAAAUUCGAGGAGUACUUCAAGUUUGUGCGUCAGGUCGCCAUGGAGGAUUUUGAGCUAUGCGAGAAAGCCCAGGAUAACCUGGCCAAGGGGGUCUACCACGAGGGGAUUUUGAAUCCCGACAAGGAGAAUGGUGUUUCGUACUACCAGAGACGGGUCUUCGACAUGGUCUGCGAACAGCACGCCGUAGACCGAACUGCAAAGAAUAGCGAGGAGCCUGGAGUGGAGAAACAAACCGCCCCGUCGCUAGUGCAGAUGGCGGCAUAG